UUUCAUAGGAGAAUUUAUAAAGGAAUCCCGCUGCAGCUGAGAGGUGAAAUUUGGUCUUUGUUGCUCGACGUUCCUAAAAUGAAAGAAGAAAUGAAGGACUACUAUAAUACCUUAAAAACCCAAGCCAGAAUGAGCUCCCCGGACAUCAGGCAAAUCGAUCUAGAUGUCAAUCGGACAUAUCGGGAUCAUAUCAUGUUUAGAGAUCGAUAUGGAGUGAAGCAACAAUCCUUAUUCCACGUUUUAGCUGCUUACUCUAUAUAUAACACGGAGGUUGGAUAUUGUCAGGGGAUGAGCCAGAUCACAGCUUUACUCCUUAUGUACAUGAACGAAGAAGAUGCCUUCUGGGCCCUGGUAAAACUGCUCUCGGGACCCAAGCAUGCUAUGCAUGGUUUUUUUUUAACCGGUUUCCCAAAGCUGUUGAGGUUUCAAGAGCACCACGACAAAAUCAUGAAGAAAUGUUUGUCGAAGCUGAAGCAGCAUUUUGAAUCCCAGGAGAUCACUACAAGCUUUUACACAAUGAAGUGGUUUUUCCAGUGUUUCCUUGACCGUACUCCCUUUAGGUUAACCCUCAGGAUCUGGGAUAUCUACAUACUUGAAGGCGAACGGGUUCUCACUGCGAUGUCUUACACCAUUUUGAAAAUGCACAGAAAACACCUGAUGAAAUUGGAAAUGGAAGAACUCGUCGAAUUUCUUCAGGAGGCUCUCGCCAAAGAUUUCUUCUUUGAAGACGACUUUGUCAUCGAGCAGCUCCAGAGCUCCAUGGCAGAACUGAAACGAGCGAAGCUGGACCUGCCGGCAGCAGGUAAAGAUGAUGAAUUUCCAAAGAAGAAGAUGGGGAAAAUUCCGCUUGAACCUCAGCCUGCUAUUCUUAAUCUUACCCAUCUGCUGAACGGACAGAGCAGUGCCAGUGGAUUGAACAGUACCCAGGAGGUCCAGCUGACAGAGCAAAGGGUUCCUGCAGAGAAAGUCCAGGAAAGCUCACCCAAUCACGAAAGAAGAAGAAAUUCUCUGGAAAAGAAGCCUUCUUUGAGACAGCAGAAGCUUGUACCAGCAGACAAGCGGGGCGAUUUGCCAAAGAACGACACCGACAGCCGGAAAAAGCUUGACCGAGCAGAGGCCGGCAACGCCAAGCAAAACCACAAUGUAGCUGCAAACCAAAAUUCCAAUGCGAUUUCAAAUGCAAGAAGGGAAUUUGUGCCCAGGUGGAAUAAACCUUCCAAUAUUAAAAUAGUUGAAAAGACCGCAAAACUAACUGUGGACAUCAAGGGUGGUAGGCCUGCAAACCACACUGGUUCAGGAACACCUGCUAGUCCUGUUGGGGACACACAGCUCUUCAAUGUAAAGCAAAAGAUGAAGGUUUUGGAUGUUGACGAGGGUAAGCGAGGGUCGAAUGCUUCGCAGUAUGACAACGUUCCUGGUGCUGAUCUAGAGAACGAAAAUUCUGCAGACGAGGUGCUGGAGAGGACCCUUCCAAAAAGUCCCAGAAAUGCAGCUUACUCAACCAGUUCAAGGAAGCUGGCAGAGAAAACAUCUAGCCCACCAAAAAUAUCCAACAGCUAUGCCUUCAGCACACAGCCAAGGGUCCCCAAAUAUUCUUCUCAAUCUGAUGGGGCGGAUCUUGGACAUAGCACCAAACCUCCACCACCAUCUUACAGUAACCCACCUGUUUACCAUGGGAAUUCUCCAAAGCAUGUUCCCAACGUGGGUCACUCAAGCUUCAUACCCACACAGUAUAAUCAUGGUCAUUCAACCAACUCUCCCAGUCGAUCGUAUGCACCUAGCCUUCCAACAGAAACCUUUACUGAUAAACCGCAUGUAAAUUACUCUGUCAGUCACCAGAAUCUCAUUGUUACACCUUCUAGUCGAAUAGAGGUUCGCCCUGUUGACAACUAUGCAAGCAAUCCUAAAUCGCCUACAGGUGUCAGGUUUGUAAUUCCUCCAGUGGAUUAUUGGCAAGAUAAUAGAAGGAGGCCAGAUCCUCCUCAUAUAUACAGACAGGAUGCUUAUGGGCAAUCACGAAGCCAAGAGGGUAGCCGAAGUCAUUCGGGUAACUUGAAGAAAUACACCCCUUUCCAGUCAAUGCCUGUAAAAGAUCUUCCCACCGUUUCCGUGGAUGGCCCUAUAAGAUACAGGACUUCUCCACCCAUGGGAGAACAUGACUCACUGCAUUAUCGAUAUCCAGGUCCUACAGGCCCCUCCCACCACUACAGACACCAGACCGAUGGAAUGUCAGUGCAUGAAUCAGUACUGCUCUGAGAGACUGUACGUGCCUAUUAUGAGGGCUAGGAGAAAAAUGUGCAAGGUUCACAACUCUCUUGGGUUGAUAGCUAGUCAAGAUCAAUAAUCCC